AUGCAAGCAGGGUCCUAUGAGCAUGGAGUGCCCCUCUCUCAGAUGUUGAAGGAAGCCUAUUCAUCCGGGAAAGUGGACGGUUACUGCGACAGCAUGGUGUCUGAGGCGUCCUCACACGACUUGUUUUUUGACUCUCUGUCUGACCUCCAGGAGGAGAGAAUGGACUGUAGCCCUUCACCCGAGCUUUCUGCGUUCCUCAGCCAAGAGGAGAUGUCUAAGAGUCUCGACCUCGCCCGGGUGGCCAUUGCCGAGAGUUCAUCGGAAGAAACAGAACCCGAGCCCGAGACCGAGGCCGAGCUGGCAGAUAUCUCCCGCUACUUUGGCCAGUACCCCUCGGCCAACUUGCCGGAGGGCUCACCUCCGGCCGGGACCCAAGCCGCUCAUCGGCCGGGCAGCCCAGCAAUGUCCGUGAGCCGGAACUCCGAGUCAGACAGCUCUGCGAUUGCGACCAACAGAAAAACGGACGGGAGCCCUGCCCAUCUGGUGGCCAACCCCGAGCUCAGGACCAGCCAGCCAAGCCUCCCAGUCACAGACCCGUCCCUUGAAGAGCUCACCAUGCAGGCGCCAACUAUCUCCAACAAGGCAAAUCCUGCCCACAAUUCCAAAAGAAAAGACAAACCUAUUUACCAGAGUGAGAGUUCGGCGAGGAAUGAGUUUUGUACCAAAGCCGUGUCGUUCAUCGAGGAGCUGUCAUCUAUAUUCAGGACAGCCAGACCAAGGAACUAUGGCCAAGUGAAGAAUAAGAGCAAUGAAGAAGAGAGUUCAUCUCCCGACAGUGGCUAUCUCUCGCCCAGGAACCACAUUAAAGCUAACGCCACUUCAGCCGGGAAAACUAAGCCAUCGGAAUCCAAAUUGACAGCAGUGCCUGACUUGGAACCGAGUGCUGAAACUGAGCAGGGCUGCGGAAAGGAGCCUGUUUGUCAAGCCGCAGCCAAGGCAGCGGAGAGAGUCCACACCGGCUCAGCUCCCCGGUUUAUUCAAAAGCUAAAAAGCCAAGAGGUCGCUGAAGGAAGCAGUGUUCGACUUGAGUGCAGGGCCUCAGGGGACCCAUCACCCUUGGUCAGGUAA